AGAUCGACUGACAUUUAUAUCUCUGUCCCCCACUGAAUACCACGUACAGUUUUAAAACUUUUACGAAGGUGGUGAAAACAAUAAAUUGUCGCAAGCUGCACAAAUCGAAAGUAUUGGUUUUCGUAUCGGUGCGCUUUUCGCAUUCCAUUUUAAGUCUAGCCUAGAAUUAAAACAAACCCAGGUACAUAAUGAGCCAACUUUACACUAGUUUGGCUGCCUGCACACUUUUACUGCUGUGUUUCAUCAGCCAUGGACACGGCGCAGCUGUGAUGUCAAUUGAUUUAGGAAGUGAAUGGAUGAAAAUAGGUGUUGUGUCGCCGGGUGUGCCAAUGGAAAUUGCAUUGAAUAAAGAAUCGAAGAGGAAGACUCCAACUGUGAUAGCGUUUAGGGAUGGUGCCCGAAUAUUCGGCGAAGAUGCUCAAACCAUGGGAUUGAGAUUUCCGUCCAAUACAUUCUUCUAUCUGUUCGAUUUGCUGGGCAAAACAGUUGACAAUCCCAUUGUAGAGUUGUAUCGGAAACGGUUCCCUUACUAUGAAAUUGUUGGUGACGCCGAACGGAAUACCGUUGUGUUCAAAUCAGAAGAUAAUUUGUACUCCGUUGAAGAGCUGGUGGCACAACUAAUUCAAAAGGCUCGGGAAUUCGCUGAAGAUUCAACAAAUCAACAAAUCACCGAAUGUGUCCUUGUCGUCCCCGGCUACUUCGGCCAAGCCGAACGAAAUGCACUUCUCGAUGCCGCAAAUCUGGCCAACAUAAAAGUGCUCCAGUUGAUAAACGACUAUUCGGCCGUUGCCUUGAAUUACGGCAUUUUCCGUCGCAAAGAGAUGAACGAAACGGCCCAGUAUUUCGUCUUCUACGAUAUGGGAGCGUACAAGACAUCGGCGGCUGUGGUUAGCUAUCAGUUGGUGAAGGAUAAGGCUACGCGCGAAACGAAUCCGGUCAUUCAAGUGUUGGGUGUCGGAUACGAUCGGACGCUGGGCGGUUUGGAAAUGCAGCUACGUUUGCGUGACUAUUUGGCUACGGAAUUCAAUAAUAUGAAAAAGACCAAAACGGAUGUUUUCACAUCGCCCAGAGCGUUGGCCAAAUUGUUCAAGGAAGCCGGUCGUGUGAAGAAUGUUCUUAGCGCAAAUGUUAAUCAUUUCGCCCAAAUUGAGGGUCUGCUGGACGAGCAAGAUUUCAAAUUCCAAGUGACCAGAGAGAAAUUCGAAGAAUUGUGUAAAGAUUUAUUUGAACGGGUGGCUGCACCGCUGCAACAGGCAUUAACCACAUCCGGAUUGGCAUUGGAGAAUGUCAAUCAAGUGAUUUUAUUCGGUGGUGGAACUCGUGUGCCAAAGGUUCAAGAAGUGCUUCGCAAUGCUAUCAAUCAGGACCUUGGAAAGAAUAUAAACAUGGACGAGGCUGCUGCUAUGGGAGCUGUAUACAAAGCUGCCGAUCUGGCGAUGGGCUUCAAGGUGAAAAAAUUUGUAAGCAAGGACGCUGUCAUCUUUCCGAUUCAGGUGACAUUCGAACGGGAAGGUGAAAGUGGCAAUGUUAAGUUGGUACGACGCAGUCUUUUCGGCCCAAUGAAUCCGUAUCCACAGAAGAAAGUCAUCACCUUCAACAAGCACACCGACGAUUUUUCAUUCAACGUUAACUAUGCCGAACUGGACCACUUACGUGCGGAUGAGCUGCAACGAUUGGGCUCGUUCAAUUUGACGAAGGUGAGCUUGAGCGACGUUGCCAACAUCAUUCAAACGAAUUCCGGUGAUGCUAUUGAAUCGAAAGGAAUAAAAGCUCAUUUCACCAUGGACGAAUCGGGAUUGUUCACAUGCACCGGCAUUGAACUUGUUGUAGAGAAAACUGUUAUUGAAACGGAAGACGAGGGAACACUGUCGAAACUGGGCAGCACAAUAAGCAAAUUGUUUUCGAGCGGAAAAGAUGCUGAAGAGGGUGAAAAUGGUCAGAACACGGAAGAACCAUCUACAACCGACGAUAAAGCUAAGACCGAUGCACCGGAAACCAGCACGGAUAAGUCAACUACUGACACAAAAGAUAAAGCGGACGAAUCCAGCAAAGAGCCACCAGUCGACGAAACAAAGUCGAAGGAAACAAAAUCCAAAGAAUCCCAAGAUAAGGACGAAGCGAAGUCAAAGGAGGAAACUAAGGCCAAAGACAAGUCAGAAGACGUUAAGGUCGAAGAAGUUAAACCGAAAAUUGUAACCGUUAAAGAGAAAAUUCCGAACAAAGUGGAAACACUGUUCGCAGUUCGAUUGGAUGGAGAGAAAUUGGAGGCAAUCAGAAAGAAGGUCGACGAUCUGAAUGCAUUGGAGAAACGAAUCGUACGUCGAGAGACCGCUAUGAAUGCAUUGGAAACGUUUGUGAUCGAUUCCAAUCAGAAACUCGAUGAGGAAGAAUAUGCUAGCUGUGCCACCGAAGAAGAAAUCGAAGCCGUACGGAAAGCUUGUGCAGAUGUAUCGGAAUGGAUGUACGAGGAUGGUGAAAAUGCUGAGGCUGAAGUUUACGAAGAUAAACUAAAGGAACUGGAAAAACUGACCAACGACAUCUACGCAAGGCACUGGGAACAUACUGAACGCCCGGAUGCGUUGAAUAUGCUUAAUCAAGUAUUAAAUGGUUCGUCGUCAUUCCUUCUGACGGCUAAAAACUUUACCAAAGAAGUCGAUCCGGAGAAGGACAUAUUUACGGCCGUUGAGAUCGCUUCAUUGGAGAAGAUAAUCACAACCACUCAAGCAUGGCUUGUGGAGGAAUUGGAAGCUCAAAAUGUUCUAGCUAGAAAUCAACCCGUUCGCUUGACCGUGAAAUCGAUUAGCGAGAAAAUGGCCAGUGUCGAUCGUGAGGUGAAGUAUCUGGUGAACAAAAUGAAAAUUUGGAAGCCAAAGAUCGUUGAGGAUUCGUUGAAAAAGUUGAAAGAUUUGAAUGCAACGAAAGUGGAGAGAAACGAAACGGCCGAAGACGGUGGCGAUCAGAUCGAGACUCCGGAAGUUGUUGAUACCGAGACCGACGGAAAUGCGGACUUCAAAGAAGCGAGUGAAGAUUUUGAAAAUAUCAUCAAAGCGACUGAAACCAACAACGAAAACGAUGAACAACACAGUGAACUGUAAUUGGAGAGUGGUCCCAACCACAUGGUCUAAUAAUAGUUUAGUCCAAAAUUAGGAAUUUUUUAAUUUAUUUUUUUAGUUAAUUUAACUGAAAACCCAGCACAAUGAUCAGAAUGUGAGGCCUUGCUGAUUGAGUUUUGUAAAUAGUUUUUUUUUCUUCUUCUUUCAUUCAAAUGCAGUGAAGUUCCAAAUUUGUUCGAAAUUUUCGUUUUUCCAUUUUGAAUUAUUCCACCACUCCACCACACUCAUCGUUUUUAAGUCACUUAAGUGAUCCGUCACCAGCAGAUUCAAUUAAAUUUUAAGGUAAUUAAGUUCAUUCCGCCGGCUCGUAUAAAGACGACAGCUACAGAUAAUUUGGAUUUAAUUUUAGCAUUCUUGUGAUGAUUGAAACUGAAUAAAAGAUAAGAGUUUUUCUUACCGA